GUUUACACGUACGACGGGAGCUAAACAUUAUUGCGCUAAACAUUCACUCUUUGGACUCUUUCCUACCUUCCUGCCCAGUUAUUAGUCUGUGUCUGACUCUUCAGAGUAAUGUAAUGAGGAUUUUCUGCCUGGACUGUGCAGGUUACCUCUCUUCAUCUACAAAAUGGAACAUGUAUCAUCUGGAAAAGCACUGUGUUUUGGGACAUAAGGAAUUGAUGUGUAAUCACUGAGCCAAGACUGAACUCAAAUCUCAAAAGAUGUCCACCAAGAUCCCGCUGAUACGCUGUUUCUGUUAUGGGAUAACAAUCUCAUCCAUAAUAUGGCUCAUACUGAUCUACAUCUUCCUCAGUGACGUGGGCAAGGAUGCCCCCAGUGGAUUACCAGGGGUGAAGUACGCCCCUGGGAGGGUUAAGAUGAUCCCCAGGCACAGGGGCGGUGCCAGGCCUCCUCUGGGCGUCGGAGGAGGGGUUGAGGAGGAGGAUAAACGAUGGAGGGUUAAUAACUUAGUGAUGCAGGACGGAGGGGGUAAUGACUUAAAUGCAAUGAGAUUCAAUCCAAAAGUCUUAAACCCAAAGAAUGCACUCUACAAAAAACAAGGGAAGCCUAUGAGAGAAAAACAGAGGCUUAAAGCAGAUGCCCAAGGCGACUGGGGAGAAGAUGAGCUUGGUAUGGUGAGGACUGAUGAGGAGAGGUCAAUACGAGAUGGAGGCUACCGUCAGCAUGCUUUCAACGAACUCAUCAGCCAACGCAUCGGGUUUCACAGAAAUGUUACAGACACAAGAAAUCCGCUAUGCAAAUACCAGGUGUAUUCGGAAGAGCUACCUACAGUAAGCAUCGUGAUCUGCUUCUAUAACGAGGCUUGGUCUACACUGCUGCGGACUGUCUACAGUGUUCUUGAUCGAACUCCUAGGAGGCUCAUACACGAGCUCAUUCUGGUCGACGACUUCAGCGAACUGACUCACCUGAAGAAAGAGCUUGACCAAUACAUGUCCAAGAACUUUAAUGGGCUGGUGCAUGUGAUCCACAAUGGGCAGCGGGAAGGACUGAUUCGAGCCAGGACCAUUGGGGCGAGGUAUGCAACAGGGGAUGUCCUCAUGUUCCUGGACAGUCACUGUGAGGUGAAUGAACAGUGGCUGGAGCCCCUACUGGAGAGGAUCAAAGCUGAUUCACACACUGUAGUCUGCCCUAUCAUAGACAUCAUCAACCACGACACAUUCGCUUACACUGCCUCGCCCCUCGUCAAAGGGGGCUUCAACUGGGGAAUGCACUUCAAGUGGGACACCAUUAGGUCCCGUCAGCUUGUCGGCAAAGAAGAUUAUGUGAAGCCAAUAGAGUCACCUACGAUGGCUGGUGGUCUGUUUGCGAUGAACAGGGAGUACUUCCAUAAGCUAGGAGACUAUGAUGAAGGCAUGGAUAUCUGGGGUGGAGAGAAUCUAGAGAUCUCCUUCCGGAUAUGGCAGUGUGGUGGGAAACUGGAGAUUGUCCCAUGUUCACGAGUCGGUCAUGUUUUCAGAAAGCGACGACCUUAUGGCUCUCCAAACCGGCAGGACACAACGACUAAAAAUGCUGUGAGAGUUGCAGAAGUCUGGAUGGAUGAAUACAAGGAGCAUUUCUACCAAGUCCAGCCCAAGGCAAAGAAUAUUGACUAUGGGGACAUCUCAUCUCGUGUAGCCCUGCGGGAGGAGCUCAAAUGCAAGUCCUUCAAGUGGUACCUGGACACCGUCUAUCCAGAGAUGAGGACACCAAAUGAUACAAAGGGCAGAACAGGUGGGGUGGUAGAAGGAGGAGGAGGAAUGCAAAGGAUGCAGAGGAAAGCACCACAAACAUCACUUCGUAAGGGCAAGCUGAAGCAUUCUUUAACUGGCCUGUGUCUGGUGCCUAAAGCAGAGCUGGUCAAAGGGACAGAGCUUAUCCUUGGAGACUGUGAUCGGCUAGGAGACACCAAUACCAUGACAUGGUACCAAACCUCCGUAGAAGAACUAAAACUGGGCGAUGCCAUUUGCAUGGACAUGUCGGAGAGUAACAGCGCUUCUUUACCUCAGCUACGGAAGUGUGAUGGUAUGGGAGGCUCCCAGCGCUGGCGUAUUAAAGACAAGAAUAUCUACCAUCCCGUUUCCGGGCAGUGCCUGAGCAUAAAGCAGUUUGGCAGUAUACAGAUGGCACAAUUGGAUAUCUGCAGUAGCGACCCUAUGCAAGAAUGGGAAUACUUGAUACACAGGUGACAAAGGGAAAUAUUGGAAGAAGGUCGCAUGUCACAAAUUCCCAUAUUUGAGCCAGGGUAGAAUAUGAAGUAAUACAGAAAUGAUGAUAGUAAUUCUUGCUUAUGAUAAAAUAGCCUUGACAUCUGUCAGAAGAAGGUGAUAAUGAAAUGAAAAGGAACUAAAUGAUCAAAAUGAUCAAGCAAGCAAAGAGCUUGUGAUCAAGUCAUCUGCAUUUUUCCCCAUAUGACAAUUGUUUUU